ACCCAUCCCUCUGAUACUUUCUAUCACUUUUGUUCAUAGCAGUCUACUGCUACGGUCAAGCACAUUUCUAGCAGUAAAUCGUCAUGUUUACCAACGACAGUACGAUCCCAGACAAUAUUGCAGAGUGGUGUAUGAAGCAGGAGAUGUUUUGGGUCGCCACCUCUCCGCUGAGUGGGACUGGACACAUCAAUCUCUCGCCCAAAGGCCUGAAGGGGACGUUCCAUAUCAUCGACAGCAAAAAAGUGUGGUACGAGGAUCUCACGGGAAGUGGCGUAGAGACCAUAUCGCACAUCCGUGAGAACGGGCGCAUCGUGAUCAUGUUCUGCGCUUUCGAAGGUCCUCCCAGAAUCACCCGAAUCUGGGGUAAAGGGACUGUCCACGAAUUUGGAACACCCGAGUACGAAGCGCUCGUGCCACCCGAGACGCGCUCCCCAGGCUCUCGAAGUGCAAUCGCCAUCGACGUUGAGAAAGUCACCGCCUCCUGCGGCUACGGAGUGCCACACUACAGCUUCGUAGGCCAUCGUAAGGCUCUCACCAACUGGGGCGCAGGUCUCGAGCGCCGCGAGCUCAAACACGCCUCCGAAAGCACAGAUCCUUCCUCGCACGCGGAGAACGGACUGUUCACCUACUGGAUCCAGAAUGGCCGGAAGAGCAUGGACGGUCUUCCUGGCCUCAAAUCCGCGCAUGUCAGCACGAAGUUACCGCUCUCGAUGGCUACAGUGGAGCCGAGGGACGCGAAGCAGACGACGGAGGCGAAAGAGAUGAAAGGGACAGAUGCUAAGAAGACGGUGAAGGAUGCAGACUCGUUUCAUGCCGAGGCUGGAGCACCGAAAGGUGGAGAAUACUUGAGGCUGGCGCUGGCGUUUGGGAUGGGCCUCUUCGUUGCGGAUCUGUUAUCGAGAUUUUCUUGAAGGUUAGCCCGUGACCGUAGUAGAUUUCGCUUACGAUUCAAUACAAUGAUGUUUACGAG